AGUUCCUCAAACCCUCUCUCACUCACUCACUCUUCUCUUUCUCUCUCAACUCAACAAACAAAGAAAUAAACACACAGUGCUUUCAAACUUUCAAUAUGGAUCGUAACAAUCUCUUCACCCUCGCAUUCAUCUGCAUUAUCGUCGCCGGCGUCGGAGGCCAGUCACCUUCCGCUGCACCAACAACCUCACCAUCAACUCCGGCUGCCACCACUCCUGUUUCAUCUCCGGUGGCAGCACCUCCUACUACACCAACAACACCAGCUCCUGUUGCUUCUCCCAAAUCAUCUCCUCCAGCUACAUCCCCCAAAGCUGCUGCUCCAACAGCCACACCUCCGGCGGCCUCAUCACCACCGGCGGUGACACCAGUCAGCACUCCACCACCAGCACCAGUUCCUGUGAAAUCACCACCCACACCUGCUCCAGUCAGCUCACCACCAGCAGUGACACCAGUGGCUGCUCCAACCACCACACCGGCGGUUCCAGCUCCAGCACCAAGCAAGGGAAAGAAGAACAAGAAGAAGCACGGUGCUCCAGCACCAUCACCAGCGUUGUUGGGUCCACCAGCACCACCAGCAGGAGCACCUGGACCAAGCGAAGAUGCGUCUUCACCUGGACCCGCUACUACCGCGAACGAUGAGAGUGGAGCAGAAACCAUCAGGAGCUUGAAGGUGCUAGGAGGCUUAGCUAUGAGCUGGAUGGCUGUUGUUUUAUUCUUCUAGUCUGUCUAGAUAUAAUUCCUUGAUCUUAUUAUCACACUCUUGUAUUAUUUCUUUCCAUCCUUUUUUUUUUUAUUCUUAUUUUUGGUUAUCUUAUGGGUACACGAUGCAUUACAUUACAUUUAUUUACAUUUGUUACCGUGAGACUUCUAUGAUACUAUUAAUAUUGUGGCAUUAUUUUAUUCUUGGUGAAGAUUGUUGUCAUUAUUCUGA